AGAAUAAUACAAUUUUUCAUGUAGAAUAAGAUUCACGCGUAAUCACAAAUCACACAUUCAUAUACUAAAUGAAAUGUUGUGUAUGAAUGUGGAUUUUACUGGUAGUCAAAUAUGUGCUAUUGAAAAUACAACAAUCUUAACAAAAAUGUGUGUGGUAUUUUAUAUUAUCCAAAUAGACAUUUUAUGUGCCUACAAAUUGCGUCAUCCCACUGAUUGCACUCCAGUUUACUGGGGCAAGAAAAUAGUUAUUCUUCAGCUCCACCUGCUGUCGUUUCUGAACAUAAUCUGUCUCCUCCUCAUUUCUCAUUGUGGUUCCAGAGCUCACGCGCCUGCUGGCUCCAGCACGGGAGAAUAGAGAGAAUCUCUCGAAACGUCAUUUUAUUUCCUCCACCCUCUCAAAUGGUAUCUUUUUUUCUGAAGGUAGCACAGUUGAAGGCUAGCGUUAGUUAAAGUGCAGGACAGACGGAAAUGUAAGAGGCGUUUGUUUUAAAGGACUGGCAACAAUUUGAUUUAAACAUCAGCGUUUGAAGAUUUGCUUUUAUUAACUACACAGACAUAUCAUAGUUUCAGAAUAGUGUACUAAUGAUGUUUGCAGAAGAAUCAGUCUGUUAUUUCUACUAAAGGUUUAAGUAGUUGAUAAUAAAAAUGCACCCAGGAGUCUGGGUCUAACUAACUGAAUCUGUGGAGAUGUUUUUUGUUCGUUUCUCAAUCAGGAUCCACUGGGAUUAUUAAUGAUAAACUAGUAAAAUAACGAAGAACGUGAAUCAGUGUUGUGUUAGCAUAACAUAAGAGAAACGGGAAGAGGACGGUUCUCAGUUUAGCUACAAAAUUGACCGUGCUCCCUAACUUCCUUUAUGUAGUGCUGCAGAGUCCUAAAGUAUACAAUCUCAGAGGGGCGUCUGGAGAGGAAACGACACAUCUUUGCGUUGUCUGGGUUUUUAAUCAUAUCAUAUGUGCAGAGGACUUUUCCAUUCACUGAGUUGGAUUUAAAACAGCACAAAGGAACUAUACCAUAUCGUUGGAAAGUGGCUUAUUCCAUACCUUAAUUAUUUAUUUUUUUACUGUGUUCCCAAGUGUUACUAAGCAGAAACUAUUUUUUUUUACUGCGUACAUUUCACAAUUUUUCUGCAGCUGUUCUUCGCUGUUACAUUUAACUAACACUAUCCCAGUCGCCUUCUUCAUCCCUUACAUGUACGGAUAGUAGGGCUGUGAUAGUAGUAUUCGUUCUGGUUUUGUCCCGGGAUCAAUACGAUGACCUCUUUGGGAGCCCAGAAGAUGCCCAGAAGUGAGAAGUUGGACGAGGCACAGGCGCUCGCGAGGAGCUGCGCGGGUAGACCCGACUUUCUGCCUUGUGACGGGCUCUCGAUGUGUGCCACACAUAGCCAUGGGAAGUGUUUUAAACUACACUGGUGCUGUCACCUCGGCUGGUGUCACUGCAAAUAUGUGUAUCAACCCAUGACACCAGUGGGGCAGCUGCCCAGCACCUCAGUCCCGGCUACACCUACUGAUCUCACAGACACCAUGGAUAUAUCUGUCUCGCUGACCGAACGCUUUCUAAAGACUGCCUCCUUCUUCCAGCCACCGCCCUGCCCAGAGUCGCCCAAGUACUGCCUGAUCUCCGACCUCUUCAUUGAUGACUACCAGGUCAAGCGCAUCAAUGGAAAGAUGUGUUACGUGCAGAGACCUCCCCCGCCACCGCCACCCCUCACACCGCAGCCCCAAAACCAAGCCGUCAGACGCGCCGCUAACUGCAAACAGGCAGUCCAAGGUUCAGCGUCAGGAAAUGGGGCCAAUGAAAAGGUCAGUGUGCCCAAAAUGGACCACUGUUCUUCUCCGUCAAGCUCAGAGGAUUCUGGGAUUAAUGCCCUGGAGCUCCACUACCUGGAGUCUUGCGAUGAAGACUCGGAGGAUGAAGACAAUCUGAGUUCGGAUGAGGUCUCCAGCCCUGGCAGUAUAUGGGACCAGGAUGAGUGCUCCCUGCUGUCUCCCUCCAAAUCGACUGUCGAAAUCAUUGAAAAUAUAGAAACGACUGUUUAACUGACCCACAUCCUAUGGAACAGGUGGGGAAACAGUUUCUAGUUUUGCUAAAAAAGGAGUUUUGCAAGCAAGAAAGAAACUCUAGUGGUCCCUUGUAAAGACUCAAGGAUUUACAGAAACUUCAGGUCCAGCAAUAUUACUCACCUUACCACAAUCGUUUCUGAUGUGCUCACGUUGCUGUCUUGUUUAAACUCUUUUCAGUUGUUAAACUCACUGACAGAGAGGAUAACCAUGUGCCUCUUUUCCACUUCCUGUUUCUUGUGGACAUAAUUCCAAGCAUGGUUUCUUGUACACAUAUUCUAGCAUGGUCAUGUAUUUUCCUACUAGUGUUGACAUAUUAUAUAAAAAAAAAUUAAAACACAGACAUUUUUAAUCCUUGCCUCUGUAUUUUUGCUGUUACAAAGAAGCAUAAAUAAACUGCCAUGUAGUGUCACUCUUAACUUAUGAGUAUUCUGAACAGAGAUAGCAUUUUUAAUUGAGUUGACCUCGGUGGUGCAGAAGCUAAUUCACUAUCUUAAGUUUUCAUGUCUGGGGGCCUGGCUUUUAACCAGCUCAAGUGAAACAAGAUGUGUGUUUUUUUUUUUACCAUUAGUCCCCACAAUAGUCCACGUUGCAAAGCUCCCAGUAUGAUUUGGCAGAAUUGCCAGUCUCUGCUUGAUGCAAGACUAAAUGGCAGGUGAUGUUCAGAUUAGUUCUUGACUGUAUAAUACUUGGCUUAUACCAGUGCAGUACAAGUUGAACAAAUCAACCCUUUAGUUUCAGAAUACAGGCGUCUUUUUUGCCAACUAUUUUGUCUUGGUGUUCAAAAGUGUCCACAAAAGACAAAAGCCCCAACAGUUGCCAUUGGACAUGCAUAUGUGUACAAAAUGUAUUCAUUUUUUCAUAAACAGCGGCUUACAACAUGUACCUACAUUUUAACAUUACAGACUUAUAUAAAUUAUGUCAUCUUUUGGAACAUUCUCUUAUUGGAGUCUUGUUGGUGUCCCUGCUUUGAAUUCUUACUUAUAGCUAUAUAAUUUUAAGAAAAAUGGUUAGCAAUUUAAAAUGAGUUUAAUAGCAACUACUUAAACAUUGUAAACUCAAAACCCAAUAUGUAUUGAUUAUUAUUAUUAUUAUUAUUAUUAUUAUUAUUAUUAUUAUUAUUAUUAUUAUUAUUAUUAUUAUUUGUUUAUUUAGCAGACGCCUUUAGCCAAGGCGACUUACAGAGACUAGGGUGUGUGAAAUAUGCAUCAGCUGCAGAGUCACUUACAACUACGUCUCACCUGAAAAACGGAGCACAAGGAGGUUAAGUGACUUGCUCAGGGUCACACAAUGAGUCAGUGGCUGAGGUGGGAUUUGAACCGGGGACCUCCUGGUUACAAGUCCUUUUCUUCAUGAAUAGGGACAGUGGCUGGUCUAAAUAACAUUGCCUAGGUUUCCUUUCUCAUUAUUAUUUUCUUAUAAACAAAUAAAAACUAA